AGUAUAAGUUAAAAUCAAAAUAUUAGAACAAAACAAGAUGAAUCAAUCAGGGCGAUUCAUUAGAUGCAACGUAUGUAAUUGCACAAAAAAAAAAAUUAUUGACAUUAAAGAUUAAACCAAGCCUUUAUUUUUAUUUUUUUGGUAAGGAGGAUAAUCCUGACUACACCUUAAUCUUUACGGUUUUUUUGUUCCAAUAUUUACGGGUCAGACACUUGAAAGUAGAGGGAGGAUAAGGGUAUCUUCAAUCCCUACCUCAAAUACCCUCAGUUGAUAGGAUUCAAAUCUCAGACCUCUUGGAACUGAGAUAAAAAAAUUAAAUAAAUUAAAAAAAAAAAAAAAAAAAAUCCCGACUAUAUAAGAACCAAAUACAGAUGAACCGUGUAUCCGUGUAGCGGUUAAGUCGUAAAACAAACUAAGUCGUCCACUGUCAUAGUAACAAAUCAAAGAAAAAUUUUAGGAACCGACUAUGGUUUGAAACUUCGAAUAUUAUUAGGAUGUUUCAUUUAAUUUGCUGCUGAAAUUACGCGUACAUUUCUGCCUUCUACCUUAUAUAAAUAGGGACACGUUAUGCGCCGUAUUUUUAAGAAAUCAAACUAGUAAUUAACCACAUUUCUUAGCUGCCUUUGUCAACCCCAAUCAUCCUUAUAACACAAUGACAGAAAAACAAUUAGAGAAUGUAAAAGAGAAAAUUAUGAAAGAGAUGAACAUUCCCUCCAACACAACGCCUCUUCAAGGUCAUGAUCGCAAUCGAGCAGUGGUGUUCGAAAUCAUGAACACGGCCGCUAGAAGCAACCUUAUCCCACGGGUCAUGAACACCAACAUCUUGGUCUACAUGAUGAAUGCUGAUAUGUUGCUGAAUUCACUAGCCAACAAUUCUCAACUUCUUGCCAAUGCCGCUGCUGCGAGGCGUGCGCCUAACACUAGGGCCGCCAGUCCUUCACCACUUUACCUUGCUGUUCUUGACAACAACUUGGACUUGGUCAAGCGCAUGCUUAACGAGCCUAAUAACGCUCUGGUUGAUCUAAUGGAAGCCAAUUCAAUUGUACGUGCUGCUAUUAAAAAGCAGAAUCAAGAAAUGCUAGAAACUAUACUCGAGGAUCAACCCGAUCUAAUCUACAACACCGAUGAAGAAGGAUUAACUCCACUUUCUUAUGCUGCAAAUAAUGGCUUCACUGGCAUGGUUCGCUACAUCCUCGAAAAGUUUCCUACAACAAGAAGAAUUCGCAACAACGAUAAAUCUUACCCGAUACACAAGGCAUGUCUAGGAGGCCAUGUUCAGGUCUUAAAAGAGUUUUACUCUUUAUUUCCAAAGUCGUUGCUCGAAGAUGUUCAUCAUGGGCGAACAGUGCUGCACGUAGCCGCUAAAGAGCGCAGCAACAAGCUGAAAGAUGUAGUCGUGUACUUGUUGAGCCUAAAAGAGGGUAAAGAGCUCCUUAAGAAGAAAGAUGAAAAUGGUCGUAUACCCUUGGAUUUAGCUACUAAUCUUGAGGUAGUGGAUUUAAUCAAAAGAAACAUGUGUUAAUAUUAGACGAAAAUAAAUUAGCUUGUGAAUGUUGUUGUGUUGCUGUUAAAUAGUGCUUGUUUGGAAAUAAAAAAUAAAAAUAAAUAAA